AUGGCAUCAACAUCAAACUUUAAUAAUGAACUAGAUAAAUCGUUGAAUGUAUUAUAUGAUCAAUCUUCAAAUUUUAAAUUAUCAGUUGAUUUGAUACAGAGACUAGCACAACAAUUCAAAUUAGAAACAUUUGUUGAAGAUAAUAAAUUUCAAUUAGGUUCAUUGACAAAAACCAAAAAAUUAACAAUUGCUGCUUCUAGUAUAUUAUUAGAUAUAGAUUUUGAAAAUGAUGAUACUAUUACAGAUGUAAGUAUCUCAAUAAAUGGUAAUGAAAAAAGAGAUAUUCCAAAUGAACAUUAUUUAAAGAAACUAGAUAAUAGAAUAAUUAUAAAUCAAGAGCAUAAUCCCGUUUCGUUGAUUAAUAAAGUUGAGAAUUCAAGUAAAUCAAUAGUGGAGAACGUAAUCUUCAAAAAUCUAACUGAUACGUCUAAGGUGUUAGGUCAUCUUCCGCGAAAUUUGAAAUAUUUAUCUACCAUAGACAAAUAUACUAGUGAUACUCAAGAUUUAUUCUUUUAUAUUGAGUCUAUUGGGUUAUUCUUAUAUACUAUAUGGAAGUGUGAGAGUGAGGAUGUAAGUGAAGAGAACUGGCAGGUGUUAAAUGGAUUCACAAAUUCAAUUGGAAAAGUUGAAGUUAAUAACUUGGUAGAGAAUGAGUUGGGGAUAUUUAUUAACUUCUGGCAAGAUUUUAGAUACAUUAAUCAUGAAUAUAAAUUAAUGAAAUCAACUGAGGAGUUAUUAAUGGGUAAUAACUAUAGAAUUACUUUUGAAAUUGUACCAUCGCAGUAUCAAAAUGACUACCAACAAGAAAUAAUAGAUCAAGAAUGGAAAUUAAAUGACAAUACUUACAAGUUUGAGUUUACUAAGGCUGUUAAACCACUAGAAGGUGAUAAAUAUUGGUCUUUUGUGUUAAAUUUAAAUCAUCCAAUACUUAUACCAACUUUAGUAUUGGAAUUUUUAGAACAGACAGAUUAUAAACAAACACAAAUACAGGAUCCACUAUUUAGGGAACUAUUUGAGAAGCUCAAUAACGAAGAAGAGUAUACUCAAGAUAUGAAUAUUGAAUCUAAUAUUGUUGAUAUAACUUUAAUUCAUGACUAUCCUUACAAUUUCAUACCUAUAACACAAGUCAAAAUCAACCGACUAAUAGAAUUAACUAGCUUAAUACCUGUAUUAAGAAACUUCAUAGUCUUGACCAAUUUAUACAGUACGUUAUUCAAUGAGAAGAAUAAAUCAUAUACAUAUAAACGAAGAAGAAGAAGUUCAAGAUUAUCAAUAAGUUACGAUAAGAACUUAUCAGAAGAAACAAAAGAAAAACUUAAAGAAUCUUUGAAAUUACCUAAAGAUGUAACUGAUGAAGAAAUACUCGGUCUUAAUGCCAUUUCUGAAACAGCAAAUUAUUCAACUAUUCAACCUACAAAAGAUGAAAUUGAUUUAGAUUCAUUUAUGAAUAAUGAUAAUGAAUUACCAAAAGUAGAAACAAGAGAUAAUUAUAUAGAUUUUAAAUUAAAUGAAGUUGAUUUGUCAAAUGGUGAUAUUAAAUUAUCAUUCAAUUCAAGUAUACUAACCAAACAAUUCAAUGUCAGUUUUAAAAUAUCCAAUGGUGAAUUUAUUCUAGAUUCAAAUUCAGAUGAUAUGGAAUUAGAUAUCCAAUUAAAAUUCAUAAAAGCAUUAAAUUACACUGAAGAUAUUUUAAUUGCAUUUAAAGCAGUAUAUUAA